UCCGCCCCCUUCCCCAUAUCACCUCAAAUGAAACCAGUUCCGUAUUCGUUCAACCCUCUGUUGUAAAAAUCUAUGCGCAUCAUCAACAUGGAGCCAUGACAUGUAGCCUAGAAGGUCUGUCUUAAGGACACGCAGUGCUGAUGAUGUCAUGAAGGAAGAGGAAGCCAGGGGCCUUUCAGCAGAGUUGAACAUUGAGUCAUAAAGUGCUUGAAUCUGCAUUCUACUUCAUCCUUGCAUCAUCUGUUGCCCCACCAUUGGCCCUUUGUGAAAAUGACAUCACAGAGGAAACACCUGGUGAGGGACUUCAACCAUUUCAUCACCUGUUUUGUCUGUAAAGGGUACCUGAUCAAGCCCACCACCGUGACAGAGUGCCUGCACACCUUUUGUAAAAGCUGUAUAGUCCAGCAUUUUGAGGACAGCAAUGAGUGUCCAAAAUGUGGUAUCCAGGUUCAUGAAACAAAUCCUCUGGAGAUGUUAAGGUUGGAUAACACUUUAGAAGAAAUCAUUUUCAAACUUGUGCCUGGUCUUAGAGAAAAGGAACAGCAGCAAGAGAUUGAAUACUUGAGAAGAAACAAGUCAAAAGAAAAUGCUGAUGAGGAUGGCCGUUUAUGUAAGAGAGCCAAACUAGAUGAAGAGGAGGAUGAUAAAGGUGAUGGAGACUAUCACAGGAGUGAUCCGCAGAUAGCCAUCUGUCUAGACUGCUUGCGUAACAAUGGCCAGAUGGGAGAGAACAUUGUUAAGGGCUUAAUGAAAAAAUUUAUUCGCUGCUCAACAAGAGUGACUGUUGGAACAAUCAAAAAGUUCCUGAGUCUGAAGUUAAAGCUUCCGAGUUCUUAUGAGCUAGACGUUCUAUGCAAUGGUGAGAUCAUGGGCAAAGACCACACAAUGGAGUUCAUCUACAUGACUCGCUGGAGGCUUCGGGGAGAAAAUGCCUACCCAAUGGUACUUGAAUAUCGACCACGCAUUGACUUUGGCUAGGCUGAAAUAGCCUGCACUAAUUCCAGCCUAUCAACAGACAGCAAAAUGAAUGGACAUGUCCAGUUUUGAAGAUGUACUCUUCCAGUUUCUUCUGUUCAAUAUCUUACAGUUGCUGUCUUUAUUGGGAUAUCCAAAAACCUGUUCACUGUCCAACAUUGAGACAAAUACCUUUAGAAAGACAUGUUAGCUUAAUGCAGUCUGUGAAAAGAUUGUCACUUACCACAUGGAUGUCAGUCUGUGAUUCAUGUCUUAUUUCAUGCUGUAGUUUAUUUACCAAAUUGUCACAACAGUCAUGUUUAAGGGCCUUCAUCAGUUUGCACAUGACAGAAAAAUAGGAUUUGAAAAUGGAUACGAUUGUGCCUUUUCCAGUACAUACAUUGUCUUAUUAAGAGAUAAUUUAUUUUUACAAAGGUUAGUUAAGAGAGACAGGAAUUGAAGGGAAGAUGGGGAGUUUGAUCAGGGCAUAACCCAGGCUGGAUUUAACUCUGGGUUCCUGUGAGCCAGUGACUCUUAUAUGUCAAGAGCACUACCCAUUUCACCACAGCUCUGAAUUAUUAAGAGCAUUUGUUGACAGAUUUUGAGCAUACAAAGUGUUGUGCAAUGGUGUCCUGUCAUAUAGGCUUCAUUACUCAACGUAAGCUCUUUGCUUCCUCUUUUUCUUUUACUGGCUUACCUGUUUGGGAACAAAGUAUGUUGUUAUACUGUAGCUUCCCCUUGUCUAGAUAGGAAUUGUAACUGUGUGUUUUAGCUGUACUAAGAUUGGCACAGAUUUUUAAGAAUACAUGAAGUGAUAAAUGGUACACUACAUAGGAUAUGUCAUUUAAUUUUCUGUUAGAAAUAAACAAAAUACCAUUAUAGAACCAGUACAUUCUACAAGUACAAGAUCUGUGUUCAAAACCUUGUUUUUAGGUUACACCGAGUCACUAUGGUAAGGAUCUAAUCACAAUGUUUGAUUUGACAGGAAAUUUCAGGCUUCAGUCAUUUGUCCUUGCGUGUUCACGUCUUGUCUGUAAACAAAGAAAUCAAGGUCUAGCUAUGGCGGCAGAUAUGCUACUUGCUUGCCCAGACUAGGUAUUUUUGUAUAUAUGCGACUUGUAGGAUGUCUCUUAGGUCUUAAUAUCAGUGACUGAUGGACAAUUGUAUGCUUCAACCACAGAUGUUGAUAGAGAGCCCAGAAUUCCAAGCAUGUAUAGCUGCAGGCCGUAGAUCUCCAAAUAGGGGGGAAUCUCCAAAAGAGAGCAUGGUUACUUCAGAAGGGGGCAGGGUUAUUCCAAAAUGGGUGGCUUCAACUCCAAAAAGGGGUGUCACUUCCACUCAUGGUUAAGGUUAUGGAAAGGGUUAGGUUGGGAAAAGGGUUGGGGUUAGGGAAAGGGUAAUGUUAGGGGCUCACUACAUGUUUGCUGUCGGUUUGGAGCUCCUGCCCCUUUUUGAUGCUCUGCCUGCAUCUAUAUCCUUCACCAGAAUUCUGUAGUGUACCUUUAAGAAUAUUAAUAUUAGUCUUCUGAUGUAGAAGGUUCUUGGCUAGUAUAGAACCAGUUGGCAGGAGUUUUAAAAGAUGGUCUGUUUUUGAUUAUUUAAAGGGGUUUAAAUUUAUUAUGGGCCAUAACUCUGUGCUCACACAAAUGCCUUUUUUCUUUUAAGGGUUUUGGUGACAUUUCCACUUGUGCCUAAUUUUUUCAAAUCAGAGUUCAUUGGUGAACCUAACUUAGAGGUUUUGUGAUAUGACUUAAGGGAUCCUGAUUGAAGAAGAGUUUAGCUUUAUUGUCAUUGCGUAAUGGUUAGGUUUUUGGUUGGCAAUCAAUCUCUUAAAUUGUAAUACUUUGGAUUUUACUUUGCAUGCCAAAAUGGGUAUGAUGCUCAAAAUUGCUGUCUUGAAUCUAAGCUUUAAAUGAGUAAUUCUUGCCUGUAACAUGUCAAAAUAAAUCCUUUGUGUUUAAGUAAAUGUUGAAGUAAACAUAGGAAAUAGUCUUUGGUUGACCACAUAAAAAGACAUCCUUACAGUACAUUUGUCUUAUCAUAUUACACCAAAGACACUCUACAACAUCUGACCACAUGGAAUAAAUAGGCUAAAAACCUGUUGCCUUACAACUUCAACACUUAUAACACAGAGGCCAUGUGGCUUGAAUAUUUGUUUGUGGUAAAACUACCUAACCUCUGAAACAGAGUGCAGAAUAGACUAUAUGUUUUGCCAAUAUUCAGCUGCAUAUUUGUGAUUUUGUUUUGAUUUUGGAAAGCUGGUAACACUUUACGUUAAGGUUGUAUUAGUUAACAUGCAAACUAACAACGAACAAUACUUUAACAGCAUUUAUUAAUCUUGGUUAAUGUUAAUUUCAACAUAUACUAAUAUUUGUUUAACAUUCUUUAAAUGUUAAUGUAAGAUAAACAUGAACAAUCAUGUUAUUUAUUAAUUAACCUGAACCAAGAUUUAAAAAAAAAAAAUGCUGUUUAAUGAUACCUAAUGCAUUUACUAAUGUGAACAAAUAGAAUCUUAUUGUAAACUGUUUCCAAAAAAGUCUUCACACAAAUAUCUCUGAAAAUACAAUCACAAGACAUUUUAUGGAACCCUGUUGGAAAAAUGAAUUUUUUAUGUAUUUUGGGAUUGUGUUUGCAAAAAAGGUUACUACAAAGAAUAUUGUUCUGUGGAAGCAGAACUUAAUGUGUUUAGAAUAGAAAACGUCCUUGUGCUGCAAUGAUCAACAUGUAUUUUUUAAGAAGCCGUUGUAGGUAUUUUAUCUUUAAAAAUGGAAAUGUAUGUUGUUUGUUUAACAAACACAAAAAAUGCUGCUUAAAAUAAUCUAUUCUAUUUUUCAGUGUAAUGUACCUAAAGGGAUUCCUAUAGAUAUUAGUCAUGUAUAUAACAUAUGCCAGUUACUGCACUGUAUUUGUGUGUCUUUGUUCAGAAG